AAUUACUAUUUGUUGUUCGAAGACAUCGCUAGAAAACUGAUGGAGGGAAAUGUUUGAAAUUCUAGCUCUUUUGGCAUGCAAAAUUGGCUACAUUUAGUACAUUACAUUAUAAUCAGAAAUGCCUAAAGCAAAAUCAAAGAAGAGCAAGACCAAGCGUCGCCAUGAAAGCAGUAGCAGCAGCAGCUAUGAUGAUUCUAGUGAUUCUUACUCCAGCUCAGCCAGUGAAUCAGAGGAUGAUUACAGAGUAAGAAAGAAACAAAAAUCUGACACUUCUAAAAAGCAACAGAAGAAGGAUAAGAAGAAAGCAGAGAAGGAAAAAAAGAAGAAAACUAAAAAUAAAAUAAGCAAAGAAGAUUACUACAGCAAGAGUAAAGAAUUCAGAGUUUGGCUCAUGGAAGAGAAGAACAAACCGCUUGAUGAACUUUCCUCUAAGAAAUCAAAGGCAUAUUUCAAAAAGUUUGUGAAAAAAUGGAACUCUGGCAAAUUACUGAAGAAAUAUUACAAAGGGAUAGACUUUGCCGAUGAGAAAGCUUCAUUAACAAAAUACAAAUGGAAGUUUUCAGGCGUUGGUCACCAACCACUGUCACGUGACUUGGAUGGUAGUAUCAGUAUGUCACCCUUCAAGACUCCACAGCCGACCAGAUUCUCUACAUUUGGGAAGAGCGCCCUCAACGAUGCUGCUGGCAGCAAGAGUGUGCCACCCGAUGCAAAGUUUAUCGGCCCUAGUCGACCUCCACCAAUAUCGCAAGUUGAGAGGGAAAACAACCAAGAAGCAGAAAGAAAGCGGUUGCAGAAAGAGAGGAAGGAUUUCAAGAGCUACAAUAAAAUGGUAAUGGACGAAUUGGCGCCCAAGGCUACCGGUCACGAGGCCAAGAUGGAGAGGAAAUACAUCCGAGCACAUGAGAGGAGGGAGAGGCAAUCUAGUCCAGGACUAGGAGUGGAGAACAAGUCUAUUAUGGGUGGACCGAGCUAUGAUGAUGUGAUGGAGAGAAGGAGGAGGAAGGCAGAGGACAAAAAGGAUAACAUGAUGCAUAAGGCCAACAUGAAAUUAACAGAAUAUCAGUUGAAAGAACAAGCUAAGAUGAAGGCUCUCUUUGACAUGGCCAAGGCUAACAAGAAUGAGAACUCCCUUUGGAAAUGAAGAGACCGGAACAAACCAGGAGGGUAAAUCGCCCCUUGAUUGACACCUGCUUGAUCCAGUACUUCCCAUUUUGUAUCAUCCCAUAUCCAAGAUCUAACCCCAUUAGACCAGUGCAACAUACACUGUACGCAUGUAUCCCAUCACUAAAAUUUUAUCUAGCAAAGGAAAAAAAUAAAAUAAAACAAGAGCGACGAACGAUUUUGUGUUCCCGUCGGCUUUGGAUGACGCUUGCACAUCCACUAGAGAGAGAGAGCAAUAUAAAGAAUAAAAUUGCAGCUAAUCAACCUAUCCAUACAUAUAUCACAAUACAGUACAUGCACCACACAAACUGCAUAACUGUCACUGUAUUAACCCUAAGAAGACAGGGGGGGCUGAUUCACGAUAAAUCCGCUGCGCGAAAUUUCUUGACCGCGUCACUCCCUGACUUUUUACUUUCAAGUCUCGCGCAACUUUUGAGACCAAAAUUGUGACCCCCGGGUACGCGGUCCCGAAAUUACACAACAUUUCGUAAGUGCAUGCAGACCCAAAAUUGCUCAAAAAUGUGAAUUUUUGUACAAAUCCAAUGCAAAUAGUGUUUUAAGCCAAAAUUCAUAAAAUGUAUCAUAUUUUUCCUUUUACUACUUAAAAUCAAUUAAUUUUAUCUUGUUUAUGGUCAAAAUAAAGUCUCCGACAAUUUCCAUUGAAAAAACAAUUUAAAAAAAAAGUCGAAAAACAAAGAAAUACAUAAGAAAUUUAGAAAACAAUAAAAUACAUAAAAAAAUAAAUGUGAUGUUGACAUUUAAAAAAAAUAAAUUUAAGCAGAUGCCUAUAAAGAGUAUGUGAAACUAAAAUUAGCGUUUAAGGGGCAUUUUUUUGUUAAUUAGAGCAAACUUUUACGCAUAAAUUAACAUAAUUAAUGAGCAAUGAGAUUUUCCGUAGAAUUUGAUAUUAUAGUUUUGUAGAUAAUUCCAUGGGUAAUGCGCGUGCCAAUUUUCGUCGCGAUCGACGGCCAAGAUCAUAAGGGGGGGCUGAAUCAGCCCCCCCCCCCCCCGUCUUCGUAGGCGUCGAAAUAGCCCAGUCUAUUUAGGGUUAAUGGUGUUACAAAUCCAUGCAAGUCGAAGCAAUUUGAACAUGAAAAUGAUUCUUGAAAACAUUUUAACAGUUGUGGAGCAUAGAAUCAUGUUGAACUUAUGAACAGCUUUAUAAAACACCACCCUGUUUUCUUGUCCUUGUAGAAAUGUGCCAUCCUUUCAUAUUCAAUGAUCACGACUUAGGUAGUUCACGAAGGAAAGUAAGAAAAUGGAUGGUCACAAAGGUUGAUUACUUUACGGAAUCGCCCGUCUGUAAGACGUUUGUAUACCAUUUUCAUAUUAUGCUGCAUAAGUUACCUUUUUCUAAGUUUAUCUAAAGCUAGUAGACUGAAAAAAAGAUAUUUUCCACAAUGUUGUCAUCAAUUUUAAUGUAGUAUUAGGAAUAUAAAUUUAUUAAAAUUACUGUGAAAUAUAUUCUUCAAGGUUUCAAUGGAAUGCACCAAAUCUUCAUUUGGCGAUAGAAUGAGAAUGCAGAGUUUUAGAGAUCUCUAUGAGGCUUGUUGAGGGAAGAUUUUGUGGUUGUCACAUUAUCUCCUUACAUAAGGUACUCUAGAUAUGAUUGGCUUCGACUUCAAACAUGGUUCAGAGACUUGUUUAAAGAUAAAUGAAAGUAGUUGCAGUAAACACUCAUUUCACGAGAAAGUCUGUAAAAUCAGGCUUAAUUGUCACUAUAUCAUUGAGGAUCUAGAUCCGGUACAGUUACAUAAACUGAACUUUGUGAAAUCUUGAAAUCUACGCUGAAAAAUGUUCACACUGAAGAUCACCAACACAGAUAAGCGCACGUGGGACAGUGUAUUAUCAUUGCUUUGAAUGUCGGCCCGACGCUUGACACGAAUCCAGUGCUUAUUUGCUAAUUUCUCAGCAAUUACACAUUUUCUUACAGAAUCCUUUGGCACAUAUUUUUUAUUUUUACAAACAGACACUUUGGUGGUCAUUUCAUUGGAUUCUGUACGAACUCAUUUUGAUAUCGUUACCACAACUGGCAUUUAUCUUUAAAGUGUGAGAAAGGUUCAAAUGGGUGUCCGAGAUGUCUCAAAUUUUUGCACAGUGGCAUUCUCCUACCUGUUAUGGUGAAUGCUGUCAAAAUGAUGGGAAUAGGUUUUAUGGCUAGUUAGGAUAUUUAAUUCUUUGUCGAGACAAUUUAGGGGCAAGGUUUUUCUUUUGCGAUUUUUGGGGAGUGGUGUGAUUUUGAAAUUGAUAAACUAUCAGGGCCCUGUUGCAAAGAACUUACUAUUAUUGAACCUCUUUCAUUUGAUGACACCAUGGUAACUGCUCAACAGCCAAUCAAAAUCAAGGAUUUCAUUGCAGUUACCACUAAGUUACCUUUACCAUAAUGCUGAGUUUUGUGCAACAAGGUCCAGGGGAGCACUUCAUGAAACAAACGGUGAUUUUCACAUACUAUUGUUAAAAGCUACUGAAAUCCUUGCAUCUGAUUGGCUCAGAGCAAAUGUUGUCAGUGAAAAUCAGUGAAUAUUUGUUACAUGAAACACAUCCCGGGGCCCCGUCUUACAAAGAGUUACGAUUGAUCCAAUUAAUCUCAAGUAUAUGGAAAUCCAUCCAUACCAUAAUUUUUUUCAACAGGAAAUUUGGAAUCUCCUCAGUAAACAAAGAGAAACACAGUGAAUCUUUAAGAGAAUGAUGAAUAUACCUCAUAUUAUCUAGAAAAUAUUUUGAACAAAUAAGCAUUUUAGAUGGUGACGUUGCUUGCUUUCCAUAGUUGUGAUUGAUUGGAUCAGUCGUUACUCUUUGUAAGACAGGGCCCAGAUUAACAUAUUUAGGUAGAGGGUUUUUUGACAUAGACAGCCAUGCUGGGCAUGUGCUUUUUAUAUUUUAUUGAAAGUAAAUUUGAUACAAAUAGAGUAUAUUAUGUCAAUUUUAUGUUUAUCAGUUGUGGAUAUAUAUGUUUUCAGCCAUGCAGCAUAUAGUGUAUAUUAUGUUAUGUGUAGCAGUAAAUCAGAACAGCAUUCAUAAUGUUUUGAACAUUUUCUUCUUUUUUUUUUGUUUGUAAUGUGAGAAUAAUUUACAUAUACAGUGCGUCCCACACAAAUUUUGAGCACAACUGUAUACCUGAUGAAAGAGUUGUUGGUGUGUGAUAUACAUUCAUGGGGGACAAAAUACCCUCAGAGGCUAUGAUUCAAAAUUAAUAAUUCAAGGAGGGGGGAGGAUAGCUCCCUGGUUCACUGCCCAUAGUGAUAUGUGAUUAUCACAUAUCUUCAAUGGCUGUUAAAACCUCAUAACUCAAAAUACACAUUUUGAGUUUAGCUUAGAAAAAGCUUUGUUUUAGAAAUAUAGCAAAGAUGGCAGUCUCAUAUUGUCUGAAAACAGUCUUCUCCAGUACCUACCAAGAACUCUUUAUAGGCAAAAGAAGGUUGCUACCCAUGUUAUAACUCAAAAUUCCAGCUUAUUCUGAGCUGUCAUCAAAAUAAUUCAAAUUUGAAAUACAAGGUUUUAACAACCCUCUAACAAUAUCUUGGUCACAUUGCCAAUGGGAAGACCUCCGUAGCAUAUAAGCAUUCUCUUCUUUCAAAUGGUCAUGUAUCUAUUUUUUCACACUUUCAUUGAACCUUCUGAUGUUAUUUCAUUGAUCUUAUUCUUUUUUUUUCCCCAUUUCCCACAAGCUAACUAUAUUAGUUUGAAAGGUUUCAUGUCAUUUGCAAGAAGUAGACAGUUUCUCAUGAUCUUUGUUCGAUAGACUAUAUCAUCAAAUUGAUGUAUAUAUAUAAUUUUUGUGAAAUUUUUAGCAAUAUGUGAAGAUUCUUAUUUUUGUACAUUGUAUGUGUGGUGUAAUGUUUGUAUAUGUCACCGAUUUAAAGUAAUGUAUAUACAUGAAAUAUAAAUAUGGAAAAUGUGCGUUAUUGUAAAUAUGGCAGUCAGGAUAAAACGUUUAAUUUUUCUCAUUUGAA